CUUGUACACAAGCAGAGCUGCUUUAAAGUCUAUUUGCGAUUGGCUCCACAAACUUGCAGCAUUAGUCAAUGUAAUUAUUAAUUAUACAUCACAUUGUAGAAUCUGAAAACAACCAGUUGCUGGGUUUCAGGUGACAUCACAUCACUCUACAGGUCAAUAUUAUUUAAUACAGAUGGGGGCAGCUAAAACUAAUAUUGUUCAGGUUGUUGUAAUUCAAUGAUUUCUAUGGUCCAGUCACUAAUAAAAAUUAUCAGGUUCAAUAUUUGUGAAUUUACCCUUUGGAUAUUUCAUGGCAAGUACAGUGUUAUCAACAUGAAAGACUGGCUUUUGCCCCGUCUGAGAGUAUAACAUCAACACAGUCUAGUGGUCUGAAAACCACCAAUAGGCAACUUUAAUUAUUUAAUUUAUUUAUUACAAAUGUGUUAAUUGUGAUUUCAAUAUAAUUGUGAUUAAUGUUAUAAUCUUACCUCAUAGUACACAAUAAUACAAAUACAUACUAUAAUUUGUUAUUGCAAUGCAUGUUUAAACAUGUUUUUAGACUAUGGGGGAUGACUCAGGUUGCGCUGCCACCGUGAUCUCUUUUAUUGGGAAACACUGAAUCUUCAUGUUCCCUCAUGUGACCUUUUUAAUGUGAUAUAGUAAUAGGGUUAGUCAGACCUCUGGACAGUGUGUACUUGUAUGUAAAAGUACAGACAGGCCGAUACUGAACAACUCUCGAUUACAUCACUUCCUCUCUCACUCCAGGUUCAUCAUAGGGUCAAAAGUGACUGCCCAGAGACCACCUGACAUCUCAAAUUCAUUGAUUUUCUUAGUUUUCAAAUCGCCUUCACUAUGAUGCACCUCAACUUUAAAGCUGCUACUAUUUUAGCCUUAUUUAAAAUGCUCCAGUCCCCACUGGACCAGUAGAGGGUCAAUUCUUACACCUGUGUAUCCCCCGAAAUCCGGGCUGAAUUACUUCUACUUCUAUAAUCCAUCCGUCUUCUGCCACUUAUCCAGGGCUGCGUCGACUCCCAGACUUCCCUCACCCUGGACACUUCCUCCAGCUCCUCCAGGGAGACUCCAAGGUGUUCCCAGGCCAGCCUUUUUUGCACAAUAGUAUUCCAUAGGCUGUUAUUUAAACUGCAAAACAAAUAAGGCAACCAGAAGGAAUUCAAAAAGCCCGAUAAUGCAGAAUAAGUUUUGAAGCUAAAACAGCUUAAAACAUUUUUCUUAGCCUCAUUUUAACAGCUUCAUUCCCCAGUGCAGCUCUGUAAAUAUGCUCAGCAGAAAUCAAGAAAAAAAAAGUGAUUUCACAUAACGUAACACAGUACUAAGAGACUGCCACCUUCUCAUCUCCAUUGCUUUUCCUUGAAUAUUCCACCUUCUGGCAGGAAACUUAUCUAUUUCCAUGGACACAAGCAACUGACGCCACCAGGUCACCAGUUACAGCUCAGAUCUGUGGAAAGGCUAUGCCCGCACAGUCUCACUACUGCGCGCGCUGCAGCUUUGGUUUGAUUCCGUUAGACAAGCAGGUGGCGGACCCCUGACCAGAAAGGUUACGUAGUGCACCUUUAAAUACCAAUGACCAUCCUCCUUCUCGCAUCACCGCAUCUUGCCUCUGCCGCUCCUCCGCCGCUCCUCCGCCGCUCCUCUGCCUCUCCUCUUGUCGCUCCUCCGUCCAGCUGAUGUGGAAACCCCCGCUCCCGUCCCCUUUAAAGCCGUGAGCCCGCGGUCCUGCGCUCGCUCGGUCCCGAGUGGAGAUGUAGCGUGGCGCGGCGGAGGAAGAGCGGCGAUAGAGACGGAUCCACGCGGACAAAGAGAGCUUUGACGGCGGCCACAGAGAGAGCGGCGGUACGGUCAGCUUCGAUGGGGAACCUGGUGGGAGGAUGGCGGCUAAAGGAGCCCAGCACCGUAGAGGAGUGCGACUCGACCUGGGACUCCGAUUCAGAGAACGAGAGCGAGGACAGCGGUGUGUCGGAGAGCGCCAGCCCCUCAGCGGAGAGCGAGAGGACGGGCAGCGGAGACACGGAGCCACGGGACCAGUUGUGCGAUUCUCCCGAGUUGGCCCCAAAGAUGAAGAGGAGUUUCUACGCAGCAAGAGACCUGUACAAAUACAGACACAGCUAUCCGAACUAUAGAAAAUCCAGGCAGCCGAACGAAUAUCGCAACCUUCGUUUUUACCUGAACAAAAUUCCUCUGGGUCCAGAUGGGAUCUACAUUGAGGAGAUUCUGACAAAGUGGAGAGGAGACUACGACAAACUAGAGCACAAUCACACCUACAUCCAGUGGCUGUUUCCUCUGAGAGAACAAGGGCUGAACUUCUACGCACAUGAACUCACUCAGGACGAGAUUAAAGAAUUCCAGGGCACUCGUGAAGCUAAGCGCAGGUUCGUGGCGGCGUAUUCUUUGAUGUUGGACUUUUACGGUGUCAAACUUUUGGAUAAAAAUGGGAACGUGACGCGAGCUCCAAAUUGGGAACAAAGAUUUCAACAUCUCAACGAGUCUCAACACAAUUACCUGCGCAUCACUCGUAUCUUGAAGUCCCUGGGCGAGCUGGGCUGCGAGGCGUUCAAGGCUCCUCUCGUGCGGCUGUUUUUGGAAGAAUCCCUGGUUCACGGAACGCUGUCCAACAUGACCCACAGCGCCCUGGAAUACUAUGUGUACACCAUCCGGAAUGCCGCAACCAGGAGGCGACUGCUGCGCUACGCCAAAAAGCACUACCGCCCUGCGCACAACUUCAUCUGGGGCCCCCCGAGCAAGGAGAGGAGGGGGGAGGGAGAGGGGGAGGAGGGGGGAGGGAGCGGAUACAGAGCGCCCAAUCCAACGCCAGAGCAUCACAGGAGAGAGGAGGGAGGGGGAGAGAUGAGAGAGGGAGAGAGGUGAGAGAGGGGGAGAGAGAGGGAGAGGUGAGAGGAGGGAUGGGAGGAGGAGAGGUGAGAGGGGGAGAGAGAGAGGAGGGAUGGGAAGAGGGGAGGUGAGGGAGCGAUAGAAAGAAAGAGGUGGAGGAGAGAGGAGCAGGAGAGGUGAGAGAAAGGGAAGAGAGAGGAGGAGAGGUGAGAGAAAGGGAAGAGAGAGGAGGAGAGGUGAGAGAAAGGGAAGAGAGAGGAGGAGAGGUGAGAGAAAGGGAAGAGAGAGGAGGAGAGGUGAGAGAAAGGGAAGAGAGAGGAGGAGAGGUGAGAGAAAGGGAAGAGAGAGGAGGAGAGGUGAGAGAAAGGGAAGAGAGAGGAGGAGAGGUGAGAGAAAGGGAAGAGAGAGGAGGAGAGGUGUGAGGGGAAGAGAGAGGGGAGAGACAGGGAGGAAGUGGUAAGAGUAAGAGGGAAUGGGAGAGAUGGAGUAGGAGAGGUGAAAAAGAGAGGAGGACAGAAAGAGAGUGAAGUGUGAGAGGAAGAGGGAUAAGAAAGAAAUGAUAGAAGGAUUGAAGAGGGGUA